UUGUUGCCACCCAUUUUUACUCAAUGAACCCAACCCAUUUACUGUGGCGCGUGCGUCUUUGCUCAGCGUUAAGGACCGUUCUAGCUUGCUCCAUAGUUGGCUGCACCACCCUCUAUGGUCCAGAAACUCUCCAACGCUUACUAGCUUAUCCAGCUUUCUCUUAUUUGACAACUAUCUUAAUCGUAUCAGACGCGACACUUGGUGACACCCUAAGAAGUUUUUGGCAUGCUAUCUAUGCUACAAUUCAGGUUACGAUUCUUUCUAUACCAAGCUUAUGGCUAGUUGGUCCUGCUCGGUUCACUAAUAGCUUAGCAGCAGUGGGAGUGGCUCUUUGUACGUUUGUGGUGGCGUUGCCGGAGUCUACACACUUGAUGUCUAAACGAAUUGCGUUUGGGCAGAUUGUGAUUGUGUAUGUUGGGGUUGUGAUUCAUGGCGCACAGACUGGAAUCAUUAAGCACCUAAUUCAUAUGGCAUCAAGUACGGCCCUUGGAGUUGUUGCUUCUGUUCUAGCUAUGUUCUUUCCAUAUCCUCGGCUAGCCUAUAACGAGGUGAGGAAAACGUGUCAGUUAUAUGCUGAAACUGCUUCAAAGAGAUUAGAUCUCUUAGCCGGGGCCUUCUCUCCUCAAGACAACUCAAGUGCACUCGAAUUAGUCUCCCAAGUAAAGUCCCUUUCUGCAGCAGGAGCCAAGUUUAUUGAAAGCAUCAAAUAUAAUCUGGACGGCCUGCUGUGGGAGAGACCUCAGUUGCGUUUUGUAACAGCCAAUUCCAUGGACCUUGGAGAAAAAUUGGGAGAAAUGGAAAUACCAAUAAGAGGGAUGGAAAUUGCAGUAACUUCUUGCCAUCCCUUCCCUAUUGGCAUGGAAGAUGAGGAGCUCAGAAAUGUCUUACAAAGUUUAAAAGAACAAAUAGGCUUAAACCUAGAGCAAGCAAAGUGGUCUGUGUGUUUUGGUGCGACAACAGCUCCAGAAAGAACAGGAAAUUUUUCAGAUAAAUUCGAGCAGAACCUUAAGACCACUUUGGUAACCCCUGAAGAUUUCCCAGCUUCAUUCUUCUUCUAUUGCAUAGAACUCCUAUAUAAUUUACUCACUGCUCAAAAUCCUAAUUGCGUUAUAGAAAUUGACUCUAUGGAUUAUUCAGAAAAACAAGUAAAGUGUCCCUUCCAAAAGACCUGGAACAUUCUGAAAUUAAGACCAACUAGCCAGCAAGUGGUUUUUGCAUUCAAGUGCUCAGUUUCUUUGGGUCUCGCCGUGUUAUUUGGUUUGAUAUAUAACAAAGAAAAUGGAUACUGGUCAGGUCUCACAAUUGCCAUUAGUUUUGUAACAAGACGACAGGCAACAUUUGCGGUUGCUAAUGCUCGUGCACAAGGGACAGCAAUGGGAUCAGUGUACGGAGUCCUGUGUUGCUUUAUAUUCCAUAAGCAUGUGGUUUUACGGCUUUUACCUCUUCUUCCUUGGAUUAUUUUUGGCAGUUUACUAAGACAUAGCCAGAUGUAUGGUCAAGCUGGUGGGGUUUCAGCAAAUGUAGGAGCAUUAUUAAUCUUGGGUAGGAAAGAUUAUGGCCCUCCUAGCGAGUUUGCAAUUGCCAGAAUCGCUGAGGCUACAAUCGGGUUAAUUUGUUUCAUCACAGUGGAAAUGCUUGUGAACCCAGUUCGAGCAGCAACUCUGGCCAAAACUAAACUGUCCACAAGCUUAGGUGCACUUCAAGACUGCUUCAAAGACAUAGUUUUUGCCAAACAGAACAUUUGCUCUUCAAAUUUUCCCGCAUUGAGGGAAAGGCAAAACAAGCUACAAUCCCAAGUCAAGGAAUUAGAAAAGUUGAUUGCAGAAGCAAAGUUGGAACCAAAUUUCUGGUUCUUGUCAUUCCAUGGAGCUUGUUAUGAUAACCUCCUACGAUCUUUAUCAAAAAUGGUAGAUCUAUUACUCAUUGCAACUCAUACAAUUGAAUUUCUCUCACGAGAAUCACUGAGAGUUGGAGUUCCUUUGGAAGAGUUCCAAGAACAUAUCAAUGAUGUUUUAGAGCAUUUCAAGAAAGAAGUUGGCUCUACAUUGAAAUGCUUGGAAGAGGUGACUUCAAUCAAGUCUCUAGCAGUACUUGAAAAAGAGUUGCAAAAGAAAAACAUAUCGCAGCCCCCUUUUUCAACAAAUGAGAAUGCAUUCAGGGUUCCAAGUUCAGAAGAAGAGGUUGAGAACAUUGCAGCCUCUUUAUUCCAACAUUCAAGAAAAGUGGCUGACAAAAUUUAUACCAGUGAUGGUGAGGACAAGCUUAAAAAUGAAACAAUUCUUUGUCUAGGUGGGCUGGGGUUCAGCAUCAAUACUUUGAUGAAAGAAACAAUGAAGAUCAAGAAUGAAGUAAGAGAACUAGUCAUAUGGGAAAAUCCUUCAAGCCACAUAGAUUUGUAUGAAAUUUCUUGUAAAGUUAAAGCCCUGCAUACAUAAUAUACUGGCACUACAAACACCUAGUUACAUUCAGGAGUGUGCUUGCUUUUCAUAAAUCCAGCAGCAGCAACACCACCACAACCUAGUAACACUAGUGGGUGCCUGAAAGAGAAGAGAGAUAGAAAACCUAAACUCUUGGCUAACCAUUAAUAGAUUUCAAGAGUCCCACAUGGAAAGGCUGUCAGGUUACAACACGCAUCUCUAGGCAUCCAACCAAAUCACAAAACACAAAACUACAAAUGCUUUACCUCUCCUCGACACCACAUGUGAUUUGGUCAGAUUAAGGUCUCAACCAGAAAGCCUAAUCCAUGUUGCAAGAAUAAGAAAACCCACACUUAUUUCCAUCCUCUUUGCAAUUGGACAAGAGUAGAAAUGGGACCUCAAAUCUACAAAGCUAAGAGUGCCAACCGCCAACACUAGAAUUGAUACUUGACAAUUUCAUGUGACAUUCAUAGAACCACACCGCCACCAUGAUCCCCAAGACAUUAACAGCAUCACCAAAAUUAAAACACAGCCAAACAAAAUGUGCAUGCAAAGCAAGAAUCUAUUACUGGAUGGAUUAAGUUUUCAUGAAAAUAAAGCAGUAAAGUGACAUUCAAUGUAGCAAAGCGAACAUUUUGGUUACAUCAAGUUUCGCCCAUUUUGUGAAACGGCUCAAAGUCUACAAAACUAGAACAACACAUC